AAUAAACCUUCUAGCUAUAGAUGAAAAUUAUCCUGCAACGUAAAACUUGAAAUUAAAUGCACGUUGGCUCAAAAUGUAUAUACUUGUGGAGGUAUAAUUUAAGUUUUUUUCCCUAAAAAAAGUUUCACUUCAUAUUUAUAUUUUAAAGUAUUUAGUUCACCUAAAUCUUCUCAGCAAACUGAUUGUACAUCAAUAUUUAAAACAGAUCCAAAAUGCUGGCAAUCAAACAGGGAUGGAAAAAGUUUCAUUACAUAUUCAUAAUGUGUUUUUUUUGUGUGAAGUGAGAAAUUUUGCCUUUGUUCAUCCCUCUCUUGUGCUUUUCAUUGUUUUGGAAAUGUUCCGUUAAAGUACCUUUGAAGUUAUUUCCUGUUGCAAAAUACAAUCGUUUCCUGAGAGAAAUGCAAACCCACAUUUUCAAUGUGCAUGUGCGCACAAGCGUGCGUCUCAUAAAGACAAAGGAAGGCUGUGAGCACCAGAUCAGAAAGGUUAGAGGUUAGACAGAGUGGUUGUCAAUUUUGUGAGGUAAAGUGAAGAAAAAAAAAAUACCAAAAGAUCUGAAGCAAAGAUUACCUGAGCAGGCAUUUGAGAAGCAAGGCUGGGAAAAAUUGCUGUACCUGCACAGUUCUCAGUCUAGAAGACAAAAAGGCUCGCCUGCAGUAAGAAAGCAGAGACAAAGAGAACUCCGCCUGCACUUAGGAACAGCGCAAAAAGCAGACUUGGAGGAAAGCUGUGAUGGAGAACCUGGCUGUCUACCACGGACCCAUUGGCAAGGAGGAGGGCGAGAGGCGGCUGGGCCAGGACGGGAGAGAAGGGUGUUAUUUAGUACGUGACAGCGACUCUGUGCCGGGCGUCUUCUGCCUGUGUGUGCUAUGCAAAGGAUUUGUCUACACAUACAGACUCCACAAGGACGAAGCUGGCUCAUGGGCUGCAGAAACAACUGCUGGUGUGCAGAAACGGUAUUUCCGGAACAUCAAGAACCUGAUAACAGCCUUCCAGAAGCAGGGACAAGGAAUUGCCAUGCCUCUGCUCUACCCUGUUACGGCUCAGAGACGGGCGCAGACCCACACGGAGGAGCAGAUGCCCGGUAAUGGCCUGUCGCCGACGCUCGGCAGUCACAGCCCUUAUCUGAAACAUCUGACGACACCCGCCAAUCAGGAACAGAAAAACAGGAGCAAGAAGGAGGUGGCACAAGCUUUUGGUUAGAGGACAACCCCAAGCACAACAAUAUGCACCUAAUUAUGAACAUCUUUAAAUGAUACCUACUGUUUGAACUUUCCAAACUUUUUAGAAGUAAAUGUCAUUUCUUUCGGCCUGUGUUUUCUGCAUAUGCUGCACACCAAGUGCUCAAUGUGAAAUAUGCAGACUGCUGAAACAUUAAUAUCUAUUACUGCAUACAUAAGUUGACAACAAAUAUUGUGCUCUGUUUUCCUAAUGCAAUAGAGCUCAGUGAGUGGCAAAGAAAAUAAAUGAUUUUCUCUGAAAGAAGCUCUCUUAAAUAAGGUCAUGCUUACACAGCCAAGCUUCGGACUGACACAUAAUGUGGAGGCAAAAAUUCAAUUUGACAUAUUGAAGUACCAAUUUCCACGGAGAGAAUGCGGACUGCAGGAGGGAGUGGGCUGGAGAUGGUGGGGAGGGAACUCAGUCAAAUUGGGAAAAAUAUGAGAGAGGGACACACAGGAAGAGAAGGUGAGAAAACAGUGAGAGCAUCCUUUCAGCCCAGACUAUUCUUCAGCGCAGUGGUCUCCUAGCAACCAAAGCACCCUCCAUUUUUGAGAUUAGCUUGGGCAGUAUCUAGCAGAACAUAUGUUUUAGAAGGGAUAGGCUCAUCACAUUUGAUCAGCAACACGCUACUCAGAAAUGCAUAUCACCUGCUCGCAGUCAGAACAUAUGCAUUGUGUGUCUGCGCCGUCCACAACCCGAGAGAGAAACACGACAAUUAAUGGUGGGCAGAUGGUGAAGUGACGGCAGGAGGGAGGCGAUUGGGGAAAGGGGAGGUGGAUUAGUGGUAGCUUGCUUUAUAAAAAAAAAAAAAAAAAGGAAAAACAAACUUUUUUUUAACUUUCGCUUUUCUUUUUUUCUACUUUUUUUUCGGCGGGGGGAGGCUUGGAAGUGGUUUGCAGCGUAGUCUGAUUGGCAUUUCCUAAUGAGAGGAGACAAGCUGUAGCGAACAGCACAGCCAACUCCAGGUCCUGCCCCUUCUGCACUCACCACCCACUCGCUGAGCCUCAGCUGUCACAUAGCGUUCCCUUGCUCUAUGCUUUUUCUCCCCUUCUCUCCUCCUCCACCUCCUCUUUCUUCUUCUUCUCUUUUGACAGACACAGGUUUCUCAUGCAUAUCUCAGUUUGAGCCAUAAUGAUGGGUGAUAAUGACAGCAAAGAUUUGAAAGUUACAGCUUCCCAGAAACAGGAACAAAGGGGGGCCCGGCAAAAUAGGCGGAGGGAGAGAAGUCGUGGAAAAAGCAAGAAGACCACUGAGGCUCAAAGAGAAAUAACAAGCAACAGUGCCUUCACUAUAAAAAGGAGUUUAGUCAUUAAACACAUUACAAUUUUGACAAGCAUAUUAGUUUGUAAACCAGUUGUUUAAUAUCACUAAAUGUAAUGUUAUUUUUUAUUACCAAGUUAUUUUGAACAUUUUGAUUCAAAUUUAAAGCCACUCGCCAGACCUUUCUUUACAAUUAAUCAAACUCACUUUAGACAGUUUGUCUAUUAUAGAACAACAGUCAAUUUUUUUGCAAUUCCUUUUACCAUUUUGCUGUAAGAUGUUAUUUAAUCAAGAUUAAAGCUACAAGUUUAAAACAAGUAGCUUCUACUCGCAUGUUUUUUAAGACAUUACAUAAGGCAUAAAGCAACUGAUCUGAGUUUUUUUCAAUAAGUCAAUUUAUAUUUAUGUUGUUUUCUUGUUUUUGCUGAAUUCUGCCUUCAAAUGUGUUUUCUUGUAUUCUGUCCACAGUUUUUACUAAUGCCGCUGAUGAGUUUAAUGCCUGUGCAUAUUGUGCUUCAGUCUUGUUUUGACAUCAACCCAAAGAUGCAGUGCACUUUUUUGCAAAACUUUGUAUUUUGUGAAUUCCUGCAGUGGGAUUUAUCACCCAGCUGUUUUUUUUUUUUUACUUUCAGUGUAAACCUAUUGUAUUAGUGAAGUGCGGAAAACACAACCCUAGACAGUAUGUUUAACUGAAGAUGUCGGACGAUGUUUGUGGUGUGCGUUGUCCACAGGAGAACUUUCAGGUUAAAUUGAUUCAUUUAGGUUUAAUUAUUAUUUAUCAGGCUUGUGGUUAGAAAACAAGAAUUUCAGUUUGCAUCGAGCUUUACAAACUUUGUAUCGUUGAGACAGUUGUUAAUAAACAGCACAAAAUACAUAAUAAACAACUUUAUAAUUAACAAACAACAGAGGCUACACUAUAAAAUGAUUUUUAAUAUUAGCUGAUCUAUUUAAAAUUAGUUGAAGUAUAAUCAAGCAUAGUUUGUGACUUUUCAAUUCUAUAGGAACUAGUUUUUUGGGGGGUAACAACUCCUAACUAAACAUUUUGAUUAGGAUUUAAAUUAAGGUCUUGGUUCAAUCAAAAGUUAUUCUCAUUCGUCAUGUGACAUGCUAACAUGGGUUGUAUUAUGACUAAGUAUAUUAAUUUUGUAUAAGAGCUUCAGCAAGAAUUUAAAUUGGUAUUAAACCUCAAAGUUACUUGCAAUUUGAGUUUCUUAACCCUGAAAGGUUAAGCAUAUUGGGAGCGGCGCCUUGUGACACAUCUUUUGAUACUCAUCAGAUGAGACUUUUAACCCACACUGGACGCAUCAUGGUGAAAUGUGGUGAAAAAGAAACAUAUCUUUUUCUUUGGAAACAGAAUUCAGAUUUCUGUCGGAGCCAGUUAUCUAUUUGUGCCAGCAGGUGGCAUACCAUAAGAAGCACAAAUUAAUUCCUUUCUACACUAAAAUGAAUUUAUUAUUCAAAAACAUUUUCACUAUGUAAAUGCUUUAAACUUGAAAGUAUAAAAAGUAUUAUCUUAGCAUCGUUCUAUAUAUUUUCAGUUAAACUAGAUUUCUCACCAUAACAGCCCAUCUCAUGAGAAAUUAAACACCAAGCAGGAUCUUUUUUGCCAUUGUCCUCAUAAUGUCUACAUUGUGGGUCAUAUAUCUCUGACUAAUUUGCAGCUUCAAUAAUUAAUAUUUCCUCAUGUAUGUUUACACCAGAAAUGCUAUGCUACAAUACAAUGAUAGAAGAACAAAUUAUAAAGCAGUGCAGAAGAAGAGCAGCUACGGGAGCCGAAAUGUAGUAGCGUUUUGGUUUAUUAAUAAGCUUCUCAAAAUAAUGUGCCGACCAGACACUGCAGGUUUGCAGGUUUCCUUGAAAAUAAUAGGGGGAGUAUUUUCACAAUCACAAACCAGUUCUUAUUUUUGUCAAGUUUUAAGAUUUAGCUCAAAACACAUGACUUAAUGAUGGUGCAUCAUACUGUUAAUGACGCCCCCCCACCCAUGUAAUAGAGGGGUUUGUCUGCUUCCACCGCUGUGAAACUGUAUCAUUAUUUAGCAGAUGCCUUUCAUAUUUAUCAAUCUGAGCUUUUAGGUUGCAAAUGUAUAUUAAGAAAGAUAUCAGACUGAGAAAUUUUAAACACAAGCUGUCAUCCUGUUGCUUGUGCCAAUGUUUUGUACUUUCAUUUGAAAAAUUACAUUUGAAUUGUCAAAUA